GCUACUACUUCCUACUUUUUAAGGGGUCCUCAGUUUUCUUCCGUAACAAAGCAAUCGCCAAAAUGUCGGGGGAGGUGUAUAUUCUGUGGCUUCUUUCUCUCAUACAAACGCUUUCGGCCUAUGGAGCCGACCUGUCCUCAGAGGCAUGCAGGGAGCUGGGCUUCUCCAGCAACCUCCUGUGCAGCUCCUGUGACCUGCUGGGAGAGUUCAGCCUGGGCCAGAUCCAGCCUGUCUGUAGACAGUGCUGCCAGCAGGAGGCCCAGAUGGAGUCCAGGAAGCUCUACCCUGGGGCCAUCCUGGAAGUGUGUGGAUGAAAGUUGGGGAGGUUCCCUCAAGUCCAAGCUUUUGUCAGGUCUGACAAGCCGAAGAUGUUCAAGGGUCUUCAAAUUAAGUAUGUGAGAGGCGCAGACCCUAUACUAAAGCUGCUGGACGAUAACGGGAACAUCGCUGAAGAACUCAGCAUCCUCAAGUGGAACACGGAUAGCGUGGAGGAAUUCCUGAGCGAGAAGUUGGAAGUAUAUAAUACUGAUUCAUAGUGCGUCAUAACCUUUUUCCCUGCUACAAAUCUGUACACCAUUUGGAUUUGAUUUUCUAAUUGUAUGUUGAAGUACUGAACUGUUAAAAAAAAUGUUUUUUUUUACCUGAAAAUCAAUCUGUAGUUUUUCCUAAUUACAUUUUGUGCCAGGAUGUAAAACUUCUGUUUUGUAGAUUUGUGAACAUAUCAAAAUACUUAAACUUACAUGCAAAAUACCUGCUGUUAACUUUUAAAUGAUUGGAAUGAAUUAUCCAAAGAGAGUGUAAAGAUUUUCAGUGCUUGUUACAUUUUAUUUUUGAAUGUUUUUUUUCCUCCUCCCGUCUGUCAGUUGUCCCUGUGUAGUUCUUUAAAUAUUGCUAAUGGUGUCAGCAGGAGGAUCUUAGGGUGGGGGACCUAAGUGUCUCACCUCAUGAGAAUGUUCUGGGGAGGCACACAUUAAUGAAGGCCUCACAGUAAACCACAGUUUGGGAUGUGAGACCUGAUGGCCCUGUGUGUCUCUCUGGGCGUCUUGCUGUGGAGAGGGACUGGAUUCCCCAGUGUGUGAAUGAGUAUGGGGAGGAGGAAAAACGCUGCAAUUAAUAAAAUGUCUUUCACGGUA